GGCCCCGAGAACGAUCCGGGAAUCAACCAGCGAGCGAUUAUGCAACUUUUUGAAGCUGCAGAUGGACGAGAUAAGGACAUGGAAUAUGAGAUCAAAAUUUCUAUGAUGGAGAUUUACAACGAGAAGAUAAAAGACCUCUUGGGAAACUCAAGCACACAGCUGGCAAUCAGAUUAGGCGAGGAUGGUCGUCUAUCUAUUCCUGGUUUGCGAGAAGUUUGUGUCAAAUCGGUGGACCAUGUCAUAGAGGUCUUAGCGGAGGGAAAGAAAAAUAAGGCAGUCGCAGCGACAGAAGCCAAUGUCUGCUCCAGCCGAUCUCAUGUAAUCGUUCGUGUGAUCUUGACGACUAAGAACAAAAUCACUGGCACUACGUCUGUCGGGCGCUUGAAUCUUGUCGAUUUGGCCGGUUCCGAACGAGUAUCGCAAACUAACGCCACCGGACUACUCCUAAAGGAAGCACAGGCUAUCAACAAGUACUCAACUCCUCUAAGCUUAUCCAAAAAA